AUGAGCCCGGCAACUGAACACAAAGACAAGGCAAUGGAAAAGCGCAACCCGCCAGGCGGAUCACUCAUUCGCGUGGAAGGCCUAAAGAAGUACUUUCCGAUUCGCAAAGGCGUCUUCUCCCGCCACGUAGGGGAUGUGAAGGCGGUCGACGGCCUGUCGUUCGAAAUUGGGCACAAGGAGACCCUGAGCCUGGUAGGCGAGUCUGGUUGUGGUAAGACGACCGCCGGGCGCACACUCCUGCGGCUACUGGAGCCAACGGAGGGCAAGGCGGUCUAUAUGCCCGACGGGCGCGAGAUCGACUUGUUCUGUCUUUCGCGCAAGGACAUGAAGAUCGUUCGGCGCGACCUGCAGAUCAUCUUUCAGGAUCCCUACUCCAGCCUGAAUCCGCGCAAGACUGCCGGCAAUAUCGUGGGCGAAGCGCUGCGCGUCCACGGAAUCACCAAAGGCGCGGAGUUGGAAAACCGGGUUGAAGAGCUGCUCGUGCGCGUUGGCUUGCGCAGCGAUAGCUUCAACCGUUUUGCCCACGAGUUCUCCGGUGGCCAACGCCAACGAAUCGGCAUUGCCCGCGCUUUGGCUCUCGAACCGCGGUUCAUCGUCUGUGACGAAGCGGUCAGCGCUCUCGACGUGUCGAUCCAAGCCCAGGUGAUCAAUCUGCUGAAGGACUUGCAGGACGAGUUGAACCUCUCCUACCUGUUCAUCGCCCACGACCUAUCGGUGGUGCGCUACCUCUCGAACCGCAUCGCGGUGAUGUACCUCGGUCGGAUCGUCGAGGUGGGCACGGCCCAAGAGCUCUUCGAGAACCCCCAACAUCCGUACACUCAGGCGCUCCUAUCCGCUGUCCCGCGCCCGGAUCCCAAGGCCAAGAUGAAUCACAUCCCGCUCAUCGGCGAUGUGCCAUCCCCGAUGAACCCACCCUCGGGGUGUCACUUUGCUCCGCGCUGCCCUGUCGCGGAAAAGCACUGUCAUGAGAGCUACCCCGAGACCAAGCAACUCGGUUCGACGCAGGCGGCAGCCUGCCAUUUGUUGUAG